AUGGGUGGCAACGACAGGCCGCUGACAGUUCUCCGCACUUGCAGCCUCAGUCUUUCGAGCGAGUGUCAGUCUACGUUGACGAGGUUCGUCUAUUUAAGCUCUCUCUACUUCUCUGCCGUACUGACUCUCGCUCGUCUUGCAUUCACGACCUCCUUCUUGUCCUGCUCUCCCUAUUUUUACACCAGUGUUGCCACCAGCGACGACGGCACAUGUAUCAACGCCAACAGCCUCGUCAGCCUUGCCAUCGCCGGCAACACCUCCCUCGUCCAGCCAAUAAACAGCUGGUUGACUGGUGCCUGCUCCCAAUCCGCAUGCAGCAACGAGAGCAUCUCGAAUAUCAUCACCAAUGUAACCACAGGCUGCGCAACCGACUUGGCCUCGCUCGGGAUUGACAUCGACAACUCGACGCUCGCCACCAUCAUUGCCGAUGUCCAGCAAUAUUACCCGACCGUCCGCCAAAUUGCUUGCUUGCAGGACGCCAACGAGCUCUGUGUUACGGAGACGCUGGACAACGUACAGACCUCGCUCGGCACAACACUCACCAUCAACAACAUCGUGUCCCUCGUUCCUCAGUUGGUAUCCGGUGACAGCACAGCCAACACCACCGCACUUCUCCAGAACGUAACCUGUUCCAACUGCGGAAAGGAGGCCUUCAACGUCAUCAACAGCACGGAAUCAGCGCUCCUCCAGUCCUCCACCGGAUCUACCAUCGUGUCUGACCUCCAGAGCCAGUGCGGGUCUUCUUUCACCGAUGGCUCCACCGCCUCUGGCAUCUCCCAGACGGCCUCGGGCUUGAGCACCGACGCCAGUGACUCCUCCGCCGUCUCCUUCGCGGUCGGCUCAUCAUUCGCCUCCCUGCUCGCAUUGGCUUCCGGCUUCAUGGUGCUUGCCUAG